AAGAUAUUAUCUUACUGAGACGAAGAACAUACGGACGCUUAAAAACACGCAUGCCUCGUUAGACGUUAGACGAUACACAUUUACUUCACAUCGACGUGUACUUCUAACGGAUACUUGAAUUUACCGAGAGGGAAAACGUUGUUGAUGAGAUACAUGAGUAUGUCGGUGCAACGAUGGAGCAUGUCUCCGAGCCAUACUGCUCUAUCGGGAAAGUUUAUGAAAGGACGACUACGUCAUUCCAAGUCUGAUGUGGACAUAAGGCUCGCGUCUUCUAACUCACCGGCUUCGUCGAAAGCAAUUAACGUUCGAAAAGAUACGCUGAAGUUUGAUGUUAAUAUCGGUAGCAUGAGAGUUCCAUUGCAAAAAGAAUACAAUAUUGUACUCUUAGGACAAGCAGCUGUGGGAAAAUCAGCGAUUCUUGUGAGAUUUUCAACUGGAAGAUUCAUUCAUGAGUACCAUCCGACGCUUGAGAUGACGUAUGAGAUGCUGGCUGAUAUAGAUGAAGACACGACACUUUUACGAAUUUUUGAUACUGCAAACACAACCGAGCCUGUACAUCUUACGGAAGGACGAGGAUUCUUAGUUAUAUAUUCAAUAGACAACAGGUUGAGCUUUGAAACUGCAAAGCAAUUGGUAAAAUUAACAAAAGAAUUCAAACGCUUGCGGCGUCUCAGUCCAUCUAUUGUUUUGGUUGGUAACAAACUGGAUCUGGAACAUCUAAGAGUCGUUUCUAAACGUGAGGGAAGAAUAUUUGCAAUGAGAAAUGAUUGCUCAUUUUUUGAGACUUCGGCUAUGGAUGAUGUAAACAUCUGUUCCACUUUUCACGAAGUAGUUCGUCAAUUACGUGGUGGAAGCAAGAACAGGUCUACCUUGAGUAGAAAACAAUCGUUUACGAAACUUUUUUCACGAUAAAUGGUUAAGUUGAGUGUGUGGCUUGGCUCAAAUAGCAAUGCACGCGCUCGAUUGCGUCGUUUACCUUAUGUUUACCUUAUCUACAUUCCUCAACCAGGUUUCUAAAGAUAAUGUGUAUUCCAAAAAGCCAGAAAAUAUCUAAGAAUAAUUGUGAAGACUCUUAAA